AUGACGGACAGUGUUGUCCGACGGACCAGCAGCAUCCGCCGGAGUUGUCAAUACAGAACACGUGUGUUCAACCGAUGAUCAAACUUCGCACAUUCAACUAAAACAUGCCGAAGGCGGGGAAAGGUAAACCAACUCAGAAGGAGAAGGUGUGUCAUCCCUAUAGCAGGAAAGCUGCCUACCUGGCCAGCCAGGAGAUACGUCUGGGAAAGAAGGAGAGACAAAAGAGUGAGAAGGCGACUCGUCUCAACAGCAUUGGUGACAAGCUGCAGUGGUUUCAGAGCCAGCUGGACUCUGAGAAGACAGAGUUCACCAAACAGGACGCCUGUCACAUCAUAGAGAGGUACCUACAGAGGUUUGACGGGGAGUUGGACCAGAUAGAGCUGGUGAACGGGAUCAAAGGUCGUCAGGGUCGUCUCCAUGGCAGCAGGGAGACCGUCAUCAAACAGACUGUAGAGAGAGAGACCGCUCUGUACCAUGGCAACGGCUUCGAGAUUCCAGACAUCAUCAACUCUAAACAUCUCAAGACCUUCAGGGAGUGGAGCGGCGAUCUAAAGAAGCUUCCCAACAUCAAGAUGAGGAAGUUCUCUUCCCGAGGGAUGGACAGAACAGGAGGAGGAGGAGAGGAGGAGGAGGGGACCGCCGGAGGAGAGGAGGAGGAGGGGACCGCUGGAGGAGAGGAGGAAGGGGGGACCGCUGGAGGAGAGGAGGAGGCCUUGGUGGAGGACUCAGAUUCAGAUGCCCAGGAAGAUGCCCCAUAAUGCUUUGCGUGUUAGAACUCUGGGGAUGUCAGCCAUCUUACCUGACUGGGGUUAAGACUGUGUGUGUGUGUCAAUACAGACAUCUAAUAAACCUAAAGACAGACCUGUUGUUCUGUUGUAUUGAAGAGACGUCUUUAAACAUAGAAUUGGAGCGUUGCUGUAUUCAAGACAUCUUGGAAACUCUAGAAAGAUGAGAUCAGAGCUUCCCGGGAUCAGAGGCAACAAAUAGGAAGCUCUACGCAAAAACAUGUAAGCACAUCUUUACUCUGAGGUUCUGAGUUGUCUUGAACAUGGCUAGUUUGUGUCAGUAACUCCACUAUACAGGUUGUAUCUGUCACGUUCCUGACCUGUUUUCUGUUGUUUUUGUAUGUGUUUGACGGUCAGGGCGUGAGUUUGGGUGGGUAGUCAAAUCCCUACUCCUCUGAGUAAUGGGGUUGUAGUGUUUUCUGUUUCUAUGUUGGUUUAAAGGGUGACCUGAUAUGGUUCUCAAUUAGAGGCAGGUGGUUUUCAUUUCCUCUGAUUGAGAGUCAUAUUAAGGUAGGUGUUUUCACACUGUUUGUUGUGGGUGGUUGUCUCCUGUGUCAGUGUUUGUUGUACGGGACUGUAUCGUGAGUUCGUAGUCAGUACUUGUUCGUUCGUUCUUCGUUACGUGUAAGUUCGUAGUCCAGGUCUGUCUACUUCGUUUGUUGUUUUUGUAAUUUGUUCGAGAGUUUUCCGUCUUCGUCUGGUUCUUGUGAAUAAAUAUUAUGUCUAACUCCAA